GUUUAGUGUUACCAGACCCAAGUUCAUCUUCCUUGGCACGUUUUAAUACAACUACCUAUGCCAUGGCUCAGUGUGAAGCUGAUCCAGUUGAGAACAUAUUUGAACAGAAUCUAAAUAUCAAGUUUUACAUCAGUUCCAGAUCCACAUCUCCAUCCUCAUACAGUGGAGACGAAGCAGACCAAGUGAAGAUCACAGAUUCUGCUCACCUUCCAGUUCACACACCAACGAUAAAGAGAAAGGAAUAUCAUAAUAGAAUCCUCUUUCCAACUCAGCAUAAGACCCACAGGUUUUUCCUCACGUCCUUUAUCGUUCCCACCAAGUGUCACCAGUGCACAUCUCUGAUGGUGGGCUUGAUAAGACAAGGCUGCACCUGUGAAGCAUGUGGGUUCUCAUGUCACAUAACCUGUGUAGAAAAAGCUCCAAAAACUUGUCCCGUGCCUUUUCAUCAGAAGAAAGGUGCCUUCUGUCUAGACUCACAGAAAGGCAUGGGAACAGCCUAUGAAGGCCAUGUCUGGAUUCCAAAGAAAGCAGGGAUGAAAAAAGGAUGGCAGAGGGCAUUGGCUGUAGUGUGUGACUUCAAACUCUUCCUGUAUGAUAUGGAUGAAGAAGAAGACUCAAAACCCAAUGUUGUAGUUAGUCAAGUGAUUGACAUGAGGGAUGGAGCGUUUUCUGUUAGUUCAGUCUGGCCCUCUGAUUUUAUUCCUGCAAGGAGAAAGGAAAUGCCUCGUAUGUUUAAGGUCACAGCUUCCCAGCUCUCAGCACCUAGUAAUAGAUAUUCAAUCCCAAUCUUAGCAGAUAGCGAGAAUGAGAAGAGUGAGUGGGUGAGCGUGCUGAGUGAAUUGCACAAAAUAUUGAGAAAAAGUCAUUCCGGAGACCGCUCAGUCUAUGUUCUGAAAGAGGCUUAUGACAACAAUCUACCCCUGAUCAAAACCACCCAGACAGCUGCAAUCAUAGAUCACAAAAGAAUCGCUCUGGGAAAUGAAGAAGGGUUAUUUGUUGUCCACGUUACCAUAGAUGAAAUUAUUCGCAUUGGCUACAUGAAGAAGAUUCACCAGAUUGAGCUUAUCCCCCAUGGCCAGAUGGUUGCAGUGAUCUCAGGACGAAGUCACCAUGAGCAGCUGUUUCCCAUGUCAGCUUUGGAUGGACGAAAGACUGAUAUUCACAAGCUGGCAGAAACCAAAGGGUGCCAGACCGUGACUUCUGGAACAGUGUGCCAAGGGGCCCAUACAUGCCUCUGUGUGGCUAGGAAAAGCCAAAUCUUCUGUUACAAGCUGUUUCAGAGCAAGAAAAUUUCUCACAGAAAAUUUAAAGAGCUCCAAAUCCCAACCAAUGUCCAGUGGAUGGGCAUCUUCAGCGCACAGGUCUGUGUAGGAUUCCAAUCAGGAUUCCUGAGAUACCCCUUGAGGAGAGAAGGAAUUCCAUACAGGAUGCUGCACUCCCAUGAACCUACACUGUCAUUUAUUGCACAUCAACCAGUGGAUGCUCUCUGUGCAAUUGAGAUCUCUAGUAUUGAGUAUCUGUUAUGUUUUAAGAGCAUUGGAAUUUACACUGACAGCAGGGGCCUCAGAUCUAGGCCAGCUGAACUGAUGUGGCCAGCAACUCCAAGUUAUUGCUGUUACAAUGCCCCAUAUCUCUCAGUGUACAGUGAAAAUGCAGUGGAUAUCAUUGAUGUGAACUCCAUGGAAUGGAUCCAAACCAUCCCCCUCAAGAAGGUUCAACCCUUGAAUAGUGAAGGAUUCCUAAAUAUUUUGCUUUUGGAGACAAUUAGAUUAAUAUAUUUCAAAAAUAAGAAGACAAAUGGAGAUGAGCUGGUGUUUCCAGAAACAUCAGAUAAUCAACAGAAGCAAAUGGUCCGACACCACAGCAGCAAGCAUCGUUAUUCCUUCCGGGUUCCCAGAGGGAAAGGGAUCCUAGUGAAGGGGCUCUGAUGACCACCCUCUCACGUGUGGUCCAGAGGGACCACUUGAGGACCAUGUGAUAUUUGAUGUAAUUCGGAAGAAAAAGAAAUAAAUCUGUGAAACUCAGGUGGAGACAUCUGUUUGCAGCAGUGUUAUGUUUAUUUUUCUGUGCAGCUUUAAAGAAAACAUUGAUGUGGUGAGUAUGAAUGGAAGCAUAAUACGUGGAUACAUUUCUCUGUGAAUGUGGAAUAACUGAAAUUCGGUACUUAAGCCUCCACAUAAUGCAAAUAUAGAACACACGUGUAUACACACCAUAAUGUAUGUCACUGAGGCAUUUUGCGAAGGAAUAAAGAGUACUGAGCUGCAUGUGGAUUGAUUACUCUCUGACUCUGGAGAUGCCUUCCUUUGACUUUAAAAGAACAUUCAUUCUCUUAUUGCCUAUUACUUGGUGGUAAUUUCUGUAACUGAAUAAGUGGGAAAAUAAGCUGAUCUUCUUUGGAUUACAAAUAAAAACUUUUCUAGAGCAGUGCUGUUUCUUUUAAAGGAGCCGUAAUUAUAUGAAAAAUAUAUAAUAGGACAGAGCUUCUUUGAUGUCUGUGGCUGUUAAAUGCCAUGUGAUUUGUACCAAAAACUUUAAGAUACUUAAUUUUUAAAAGUAUCUGGGAAGCACAGAAUAACUGAAUAUUCUCUCCAUUCACCAAAUUUGUAAUUGGAUAUACCUAUCAUUUGCCCUUGAAAAAGUCACCAGUACAAUUUUGUCUUUGUCUUUUAAAGUUGAUUGCAGUAGCAUCUCUGUUGAUUAAUACCUAAAGUAAUAA